AUGUCGUUGGCACUCUUCCUCCUCCUCGCCCUCCUCUCACUGGCAUACGCCUGCGAGCUACCACACCACCACAGCUCAAAUACCACCUCGACCCUUACAAAGAAACGCUGGUACAGCGUCGACCACCUCCGCGAAGACACCCAACUCCUCCCCGGUCCAUGGCCCGCCGUCGAUGACGCCGGCUCCACCCCGAUCCGCUUCUGCUUCGAAGACGAAGCCUCCUACAAAACCCUCCACGACCUGAUCCGCGACGCAGUCCAACUCUGGGCCCCGGCAUCAGCAGUUUCCACCCUAACCAUCGAACCCGAUUGCGGAGCCGACGAAUGGCAUUGCAUUUGCAGUAAACGCACGCAUUGGGAUGUCCUUGCGAUUGUCGAUGUGACGGAUGAUGAAUAUGGGAAGACGGCGGCGACGCAGGGACAUACGUAUGUGGAGAGUCAGGAGAGGGAGAGGAAUGAGGAGGGGAGAUUUGUUUAUCAUAUUUUGGGGGUGAGGAGGGAUGAGGAGAAAAUGGGGUUUAGUCGGAGUUGGGAUGUUUGUGGGAUUGCGCAUGAGUUGGGACAUGUUGCUGGACUUGAUCAUGAACAUCAGAGACCAGAUGCUGCGAAGGAGGGGUUUCGGUGGAGUUGUGGUAUGCUUGAAGAUGCGGAUUCUGUGCAUCACAGGAUUGCAGAUCGAGAUCCGGAGGCGUAUGAAGAGGGCGAUACAUUCGAGAAAGCAUGUGGAGACCUCGCCGUGGCCCGCCGCUACGGGUUCAGCGCGACAGCUCUGAUUCCAAAACCCGCACACGUCCUCGGCGCAAACGUCUGGUCGCAGGACCUCGAUUGGAAUUCGAUCAGCAAGUUCUGCCCUUUCUCCUUGAUCCAACCAACACUUACUAAUUUCUUUCAGUGA